GGGUCCAAAUUUUCGUGUCACAUUCCUUCCUUUAUUGAGACAAAACAAAUGCUUCAUGUACCAUUCCAUAAAUUCACAAUAUCUUUCGCGUUACCCUGCGUGUUGUGUUUGUUGUUCUGCAUCUUCGUUUUCCUGUUUUUCCCAUCUCGCUUCCUAAGUAGGCUCAUAAAUCAUGGUCAAAUUCUAUCCAUCGCAAAUUGGAUCUAUACGCAUUACUCCUUUAUCCUACACUACAUCUCCUUUCAAGUUAUUUUUUGAUGACCUAUGGCUCGUUCUUAUAAACCUCGGAUACCUUCUCAAUGUCUUUAGGCCUUGGACUCCCGCUCUUUCUGGUGAUCUUUGCGAAUUAUCUUUUACUUUGAAGAACUGCAGAGAUCUUGGUUUGCACGUUUUCCUGUUCUUUCUGCAACUAUGCUUCUUGCUUUCCAUUCUUAUCUGGGUCUUGAUGCCAGUAUGGGCGGUUGCCGUAGGGUUUACUAUGUUUUGGAUGUUCAACUAUUUAAUUUGUUCUAUUUUGAAUGGGCCGCGAUCGGCGAGGACCUAUAAAUCUGCUCAUGAAUACGCCCAGGAAAGGGCCAAGCACGCUAAAGAGCGAUGGUUAUACUUGAAUGGUGUUUGCACUGGGUAGUUUUAGCGAGUGUAUCAAUCUGCUGUCAUGAACUAAUAAAUGAUAGACGUCAUUGGCUUGAAGGUUCCGUGAAUCGUCUCGCCCUUACAUUUGGACGCCCCGUCAUGGGAAUUCACAACAGAACGUAAGUAUUUCUCGUACCUUAUUUGUACCCUAUUGAUCAAGUGCAGCAAUGGCCUAAUUUUCGACCUCAUCGAAUGUGUGAUCCAGCGCAGCUUCGAUUAUGCUACUACGGACAUUCGCAUCGCUUACCGUAUCCUCAAAGACGAGUUGUACGAUGACGAUGUUGACCGAGUAAUUCUUAUAUGCCAUUCUCAAGGUGGCAUUGAGGCUAGCAUUAUGAUAGACCGGCUUCUCGCCGAGAUCCCUCAAGACCUUGUCCGAAAGCUCGAGGUCUACACAUUUGGAAACGCCGCUAAUCAUUUCAACAACCCACAUCUUCGCCGGGAGUAUCAGGGACGCGCCUUGGCUAACCCAGCAUUACCGGCGGCUGACUUGAACAAGCCUGCAGACCCUCUCACUAAUCAAGAGAGGAAUGGGAAGUCCAUCUCACACAUUGAACACUACGCGCAUACAUAUGAAAUCGUCUCUAGAAUUGGAAUACUUCACUUUGCCAAUAAUCAUAAUAAUGAUGCACUCGCACCGCGUUUUAUGGGAAGGAUUUUUGAAGUAAAAGCUGUGAGUACAGCUUUGAUGGACUAUGCCUGAUCUAUGUGCUGACUAUUGAAUGCUUAGAGAGGUCAUAUGUUCGUACAGCACUAUCUAGACACCAUGUUUCCACUUACCAGACGCCGGCGAAGGAAAUUGCCAGAAAUCAGUCAAGGCUCCGGUAAAGGUCCAGAUGACGACACUCAACCGGGGUCCGUAGUCGUAGACGCCGAGUUUAUGAAAAGCGUGGUCGAACGUGAAGGUCGAGUGGCGCCUGAAGAUAGUCUUGGAAGGGAAGACUGGGAGGUUUCAAUAACAGACCUAGAAGGGAUUGAGAACGGGUUGGUUGGUGGAAUGACAAGAGUUCAGGUGAGAAACUUAAGUAGAUUGAGGUUAUACCUCAACGGGAGGAUUCCUGAGGAUAGGGAAUGAGCUAGGUUACCUGGCUAGUUCACUCGGUUGGUUACUUCGUUUGUUGAAUGGUCAGUUUAGUUAUGUAUGACGUUUCGUUAUUGAAUUGGAAGAUGUUUCUUUUCGGUUAGAUGGGA